CUUACGUAUAGAAGCUGCAAUUAUUUUGUUGUGGAUAUCAUCAUCACGACAGUAAUUAAUUUCCUCCAUUGUUUCUUCAACAUUUCAUUGUAAACUUUCUUAGAGUUUUGCUUCCAUGGUGGGCAAGGACAGUCCAAAUCCAGGUGAGUAUGAACGUUCACUGGAGCGCACUCCAACAUGGGCUGUUGCGGUGGUCUGCUUUGUGUUGGUUGUUAUUUCUCUCUUCAUUGAACAUAUUACUCAUAUCAUUGGAAAGUGGCUAAAAAAAAAACACAAGUUAACUCUAUACGAAGCACUCGAAAAAAUCAAAACAGAGCUUAUGAUAUUGGGAUUCAUAUCCUUGCUCUUAAUAGUGUUUCAAGCGCCAAUUACUGAUAUAUGUAUACCCAAGAGUGUUGGAGCCACUUGGCACCCCUGUAAAAAGGGGUACAAGGAGAGCAAGGAAGAGACAGAUUCCAAGGACAAAGGACGGAAACUACUACAAUUUUGGGAUUUUGGUUUCGGUUCACGAAGAAUAUUAGCUGCAAAAGAAAUUGACAAAUGCACACUAGAGGGUAAAGUCGCGUUGGUGUCUAAAUUAGGGAUUCACCAGCUCCAUAUAUUCAUUUUUGUGCUAGCCGUUGUUCAUGUGCUUUACUGCAUCACCACCUUGGCUUUGGGCAGAACUAAGAUGAGAAUAUGGCAAGUUUGGGAGGAAGAAACAAAGAAACCUGAAUAUCAAUCCUCUCACGAUCCACAAAGGUUUAGGUUUGCAAGGGAUACAUCGUUUGGGCGUAGACAUUUGAACUUUUGGAGCAAGUCACCAAUUUCCCUUUGGAUAGUGUGUUUCUUCCGACAAUUCUUUACCUCAGUUAACAAGGUUGAUUACCUUGCACUGAGACAUGGAUUUAUCAAGGCACAUUUGGCACCAGAAAAUGAAACAACAUUUGAUUUCCAAAAAUACAUUAGCAGAUCACUCGAAAAGGAUUUUAAAGUUGUGGUGGGGAUCAGUCGAAUCAUAUGGUUCUUUGCGUUGUUAUUCCUCCUGUCCAACACAUAUGGAUGGCAUUCUUAUCUGUGGCUACCAUUUCUCCCAUUGAUUAUAAUACUCCUGGUGGGGACAAAGCUAGGUUUGUUGAAGUUCAUGGAGGCUUUUUCAGCUUAAUUCCAAUAGAACUUCAAAGAAUUUAUUUGAAUGUUUUUCGUGUGUUCUUGAAGCAGAAUUUCUCCAGAGCUUCGAUGUCUUAGAAAAUUGUGUCUAAAUGAGAGGAGGUAUGCCCUCUAUUUA